AUGGCUGGUCUUGUAGGAUACGCAAGUAGCGACGAGGACGAGGAAGUCGAGCAGCCACAACAGAUUCAACCAGUUGGUAAAAAGCCAUCUCCAGAGGCCGCCGCAGCCCCGGAACCGCUGCCACCAAUUGAUGGGAGCGCACCUUCAAUGAAGAAACUGACAAGCCUGAAAGCUAGGAAUGACCCAUCAGAACAAGCCCAGGUUCCGAAGGAUGCUCCAUCUACUGAGGAUAAGGGCAAGGUGACCAUUGGCCCUAUUCUCCAGAAUGACACCCCAUUAGGACCCAGUCUUCCUCAGGUGGGAGACUCAUAUCCGGAGCCAGAGAAUGAUGCACUCGAUGAGGCACCAGGCUCACCUUAUUCAGCGAACCGGGCAGCGUUGCAUGAUCUCACACUCCCCUCCAUCCCUAACAUGGACAUCCCCCCAUCACCGCCAGGAUCGCCAACGGAGACGACCAAUAAGAAAUUUGAGCAGUUUAUACAUCUGAAGAAGAAGGGAGUUCAUUUCAAUGCGAAGCUGGAAACCUCCGUGGCGCUUAAAAACCCAAGCUUGGUGGAUAAGCUCAUGGCCUUUGUGGAUAUUGAUGAGAAGUCUCAGUAUGACACCACACUGCCGGCGGACUUGUGGAACCCCAAAGGGUUCCCCGACUGGGCGUACCGGGACAGCCUGAAGAAGAGCCAAGAUAAAAUUGCACGGGAGAGGGAGUCGGAGAAGGGUUCCGGCACCAGGACUGCGGUAGACUUUGUGCCAGCCGUUGGGUUGGGGACCGGAAACUCUUCAGCUGGGCUCGUCUCAAGGAGUGAGAAGCGGGAGGGUGGAUGGUAA